UACAAGGGGCGGGGACCGUCCUCUGCGGAAGUUUGGGCCUGUGCGGCCUCCGUUCCCAGCGUGUUCCGAAGCAGUCACAGUGACUGCCACCGAGGAACGCACCCCGGCUGACCAUGGAGUUCGACUGUGAGGGCGUGAGACAGCAGCUAAGCAAGUACAAGUUCAGGGACCUGACCAUAGAAGAGCUGAAGAGCGUGAGCACGUCUUUCCCGCACUUCAGAUAUUCCAUGGACACCUACGUUUUCAAAGAUACUUCCCAAAAAGACCUGCUGAAUUUCACUGGUACGAUCCCUGUGAUGUAUCAGGGUAAGACAUACAACAUACCCAUUCUCUUCUGGAUCUUGGAUUCUCACCCUUUUGCUCCGCCCAUUUGCUUCUUGAAGCCAACUGCAAACAUGGAAAUCUCAGUUGGAAAACAUGUGGAUGCCAAAGGCAGAAUAUACUUGCCCUAUCUCCAAAACUGGAGCCAUCCCAAAUCUACCAUUGUUGGAUUAAUUAAAGAAAUGAUCGCCAAGUUUCAAGAGGAACUUCCUCUCUAUUCUAUACCAUUGUCCAGUGAAGCACAGCAGGCGGACUUGCUGGCCUACAUCGCAAAAAUCACCGAAGGUGUCUCAGACAUAAAUUCAAGGGGCUGGACAAAUCACGAGAGUAAAAUACCCAAUAAAAUCACUGUGGUUGGAAGUGGAGAUUUGGGUAUUGCUUGUACAUUAGCAAUUUCAGCAAAGGGCAUUGCAGACAAGCUGCUCCUUUUAGACCUCUCAGAUGGGACUAACCAACAGACGAUGGACCUUGAUAUCUUCAACCUGCCUAAUGUAGAGAUCAGCAAAGAUUUGUCUGCCUCUGCUCAUUCCAAGGUGGUGAUCUUCACAGCCAACUCUUUGGGUGGUUCUGAAUCCUACCUGCAUGCAGUACAAAGUAAUGUGGACAUGUUCAGAGCUCUGGUUCCAGCUCUGGGACAUUAUAGUCAACAUGCUGUCUUGCUUGUUGCCUCUCAACCAGUGGAAAUCAUGAGCUAUGUGACAUGGAAGCUGAGCACAUUUCCUGCGACUAGAGUGGUUGGGAUUGGCUGCAAUCUGGAUUCACAGAGGUUACAGUACAUUAUCACAAGUGUUUUGAAGACACAGACUUCAGGCAAAGAAGUGUGGGUUGUUGGUGAACAGGGAGAAAACAAAGUGUGCUCAUGGAGUGGCCAAGAUGGAGUACUGAGUCCCAGCUUUCAGGCACAGCUAUCCAGAAGGUAACAGUGCAGGGUUGAGAAGAUCUAGCUAAAACUCAUGUGCUUCCUAGCUGACAGAGCAGCUAUUUACACAGCAGCUUCUUGGCAGGCUUCUGUAAUCAGGACCACCUAACAGGAAGUACAAGGAGCAGUGCCAGCAGUCCUGGACUUCCAGGAGAGCUCGCAAGCUUGUCCAGACAUGUGAGGCAGUGGUCUGCUUCCUUUACAUCUACCAUCAAGUUAGUGUAAAGAGGACUUCUCUUACUACCUAGAAAUGGAUCUAGACUAAGCAUGCUGAACACAUCUGGAGAUCAGUCUAAGAGUAAAGUUUUCCAUAUCUCGUCAAAGGGCCACGGGCACUUUUUGUGGAAGCCUCCGAGGUUUGCCGUGCACGUGAGACUCAAACUCAGGUUAUUUUCAGCCCAUUUGCUAUUUCACCAUCACAGAUAAUGCUCUCAAGUCUGGCACAGUAGUAAAGCCCAGAUGUUUAAAUCUUCUGGGUUUUAGUACACAUGUCAGGUAGAAAGAAGAGGGUGUGAGGUUUUCAUCAGGUUAAACACUGCAUGUCAGGUUCCCCGGCUUUGUUAUCGUUUUUUGCUAGUGUGUUGUCUUUUUGAUGAUGCUGGGGUUAGACUCAGGGUGUGCUAAUGAAGUAUGUGUUUUACUACUGAAUUGUGCUCCCUAUCAUUUUCAAAUGGAA